CUCAGUCGGGGAAUGUGCCCUGACUGUCCUGCGAAGUUUCCUGCGGCACACUCUCAACUACGGCUCGCUGAGAAAUGGAGACAGCGGUGUACGCUUCUGUGGUGAGGUAAAGGGAAGCCCCGGGGGAAUUUACCGAUUAGUGUCCUACAUCUGAGCAUCUACAUCUCAGCCUCAACAGAACUCCAUCAUCACUGUGAUUCAAACCCAGGACAGACCAUACCACUGACUUCAAGUCCUCCUAUACCAGAUUAAAGCCACUAUGACCUAGCUAACAGCAGCCCAGCUCCCUUCCCUGACCACCCCAGUCCCCUAAAGCCCAUUCCCUCUAUCCAUCUUCCUCCCCCUCGUCGCCCCUCAUCUCCUCUCCUGAUGUGGUGAUUUCUGGUCUUAGCACCUUCUGGCGUGAUGAGCAGCCUACACCAGCAACAUCAUGGCAGCACAGGCUCGGAGCGAGAUCUUCACUCUGCAGCCUCCUCUGUCAGCCUCCCUUCGGUCAGAAAGACCCCCAAGAAGCGGCGUCUGUCCCUCCACUCGCUCUUCAGUCGACGGCGCCGGGCUGACCGCGACCCCAAGCGCAAGUCCAGGCCUCUGCAGGCUGGAGCUGGAGUGGAAGGCAUUGUCAGCACCGAAAUCGUGCAAUCAGAGACUUUUCAUGAUAAAACUUCUGCCCAGUCAGCACCGGGUGUAACAUCAGCUUCAUUAGUGUCAGGGUCCUCAUCAGAGCUGCUGGAGUGCCCUCUGUGCCUACUACGCCAUGCACGUGAGCGCUUCCCAGAAAUCAUGACCUGUCACCAUCGCUCAUGUGCAGACUGCCUGCGGCAGUAUCUGCGCAUUGAGAUCUCAGAGUCUCGUGUCAACAUCAGCUGCCCAGAGUGUUCAGAGCGCUUCAAUCCCCAUGACAUCCGCAUGAUCCUGGGAGACCGAGCCCUCAUGGAGAAGUAUGAGGAGUUCAUGCUGAGGAGAUGGCUGGUGGCUGAACCUGACUGCCGCUGGUGUCCUGCCCCGGACUGUGGUUACGCGGUCAUUGCGUUUGGCUGCGCCAGCUGCCCAAAGAUCACCUGUGGACGUGAGGGCUGCGGGACAGAGUUCUGCUACCACUGCAAACAGCUGUGGCAUCCCAACCAGACGUGUGACACGGCGCGGCAACAAAGGGCCCAGAACCUCCGGCUGAGGAGCUUCAGGUCCUCCUCCCUCAGCUACAGCCAAGAGAGUGGAGCUGCAGGUGAUGACAUCAAGCCAUGUCCUCGUUGUGCUGCCUACAUCAUAAAGAUGAAUGAUGGGAGCUGUAAUCACAUGACCUGUGCUGUCUGCGGCUGUGAGUUUUGCUGGCUCUGCAUGAAGGAGAUCUCUGACCUGCACUAUUUAAGUCCGUCAGGCUGCACCUUCUGGGGGAAGAAGCCCUGGAGCAGAAAGAAGAAGAUUCUCUGGCAGCUCGGCACAUUGGUGGGAGCACCUGUGGGUAUCGCCCUAAUUGCUGGCAUCGCCAUUCCCGCAAUGAUUAUUGGCAUCCCAGUCUAUGUGGGCAGAAAGAUCCAUAACCGCUAUGAGGGCAAGGACAUCUCCAAACACAAGAGGAACUUGGUAAUAGCUGGUGGUGUGACGCUUUCUGUGAUCGUGUCGCCUGUGGUUGCUGCAGUCACUGUUGGCAUCGGUGUCCCCAUCAUGCUGGCUUAUGUCUAUGGAGUUGUCCCAAUCUCUCUUUGUCGGAGCGGUGGCUGUGGAGUGUCUGCUGGCAACGGCAAAGGGGUGCGAAUCGAGUUUGAUGAUGAAAAUGACAACAUAGGCAGUGGGGCUGCAGCCACGGACACAACCUCGGUGGCGGAGACGCGGCUCAACAACCCCAGCCUCGGCGACGGAGCGAGCGUCGGCGGCCUGACGGGCCUGAGUCUCAGUGUCAGCGGGAGCCACAUGGAGCGCUGUGGCAUGAGCUCCGCUCAGCGGGACAAUAUGAGUGACAACGCCAGCACCACAGCCCUCGCCGGGACCAGCAUCACUGGCAGCCUGUCUGGCAGCUGCUACAACCGGAUGGAAGUGCAGGCGGAUGUCCAGAAGGAGCGCUGCAGCCUGAGCGGCGAGUCGGCCACUGUCAGCCUCGGGACAAUCAGUGACAACGCGAGCACAAAAGCCAUGGCAGGAUCCAUCCUCAGUGCCUACAUGCCCCUGGAAAGAGACAAUAGUCUGGAAGUUCAGGCAGACGUGGAGUCCAAACAGGAGAAGUUGAGACACUGCAGCGCCAGCAGCAGCCUGGAUGAAGCCAGCUGUAGCAGUAGCACUGCUGGCCUCAAAGGCGCCAGCGGUGGCACAUGCCCGUGCUCGUGCCCCUCCACCUGCUGCUGUGCUCAGCAAGACAGCCACUGCUGCCCCUUGUCUCCCUGGUCAAAUGAACCCUCCGCUUCAGGGGGAAGAAGGAGCAAAGGAAAGCUUUGGAAAAGAGCUAGCGGCAGCAGAGGAGAAACAAAAAUGAAUGAAACACAAGGAGAUAUGGAUGCUCAGCUCCUGGAGCAGCGCAGCACUAACUCCUCUGAGUUUGAUUCUCCAUCCCUGAGCGGCAGCCUGCCCUCUGUGGCCGACUCGCACUGUAGCCAUUUCUCAUCAGAGCUCAGCUGCUCAGAUCCCGAAACCUCAAGACCAGCUCAUUCACCCUGCUCCGCCCCGAUGGACCCUCACACUCAUCAUCCCGCCACCGCCUUCAGUGACGUCACCGUCACACCCAUGCCUGAGGUGGAGAAUGACCGCCUGGAGCAUUAUCCAUCUCAGAGUAGGCAUGCAGCCUUCACCCACCCCCUGCUGUCUGCAUCUCCGCCUGCUUCGCCAAAAGAGGGGAGCAGUGAGACGUUUCUAUACAUCAGUGAGGACAGUGUUGGCGACGUCGCAGACACGGAGCCGGACGAGAGGAUGAAAGAGACCAUCAACAACACUGCAGUACAGCCUGUAAGCCCUACGAGGAAGUGCUGUAUACAAACAGAUAUCUAAAGCAACUCUUCGCUUCUGCUGCUGUCGGUUUUGUCACCACUGCUAGCUCAUCAGCCUAAUCACCCAAUUUCACUCCAGAGCGAAGCAGCCGAUUCAUCUUUGGAAGCUGGUCGUCACGGUUCUGGUUAAAUUAUAUGUAUAUCUGCUGUGGAUGCCGGAAUAUUAUGUGAAUGUCAGUCUGUGCAGUUACAGAGAGGGUCGAGGUCUAAGUUGGAGAGAGAUUUGUGAACGAAGUAAACAGGAGCAGGGUAAAGUCGAAGCAGAUCGUUUGGGCCUGUCAUUUGGUGGCAGGACAAGCAGACGUCUGAAGCUGUUGUUGAAGGAGGUAAUGCUGAAUGUAUGUGGACAGGUGUAAAGCAGGUUAUCAGUGUGGCGAGAUACUACAGAAGGCUGUUCAUCCAUCCAGCUGUUAUGAUGAUCUGCAAAGUCUGACAUUGAAUGAUUUUCUGAAUCCAAACUCAAGCCAGUUUUUAGCCUUUCCUGAUGCUCACAAAAAGCAGAGCUGGUAAAGCUGGAUAGGAGCAAGUAAAAUGUCUGAUAGUAUCUUCAACAGUAAAUACAGCUGCUACUAUAGAGCAUUACCGAGUGUCCUUCGUCACAUCUGCAAAAAUCUGGUUUUGUUCAGGUUUCGCAUGAAUCAGGGAGGGAGUUGUCAUCACUGUGGUCCACCACUGUGCCACCACUUCAUUCUGUGACUUCUUAAUGCUUAGAAAACACCACAGCUAAAGGACUGUAGAACCCUCUGUUGAGCGUCUAAGCGGGACCAGUCCGUAGAGUAGCAGAUUUUAUUUUUCCAUAAUCAUCUAUAACGAAGUGAUUAUUAUUGCUUUCGUUAAAAAUUUUGCCCUUUUUUUUUUUUUUUUUUUUUGUGCUAUGUGUUUGUUUAUUUUUAUUUUCCAUUUUGGGAAAGUUGGUUUUAAUGUUGAAGCCCUGUGUUGGGUCCAAACUUAGUAUAAUCAGGGGGGACUGUGUUGACAAAGACUCAAACUGUAGCCCUUCUUACUUUUUAAGUUUUGUUGAUUUAACCUUACUUUAAUUAAGUGUUCACAAGCCCCUGUCUGCAGUGGUAAAAAUAUAUAUAUUUUUUUGUUUGUGGUUGCACCGGUGCAAAUGUAAUCAAGUUUUCACGGCAGUUUUUAGUAUAUCAUUGAAUCAUGAGGUGUAUUCAAAAAAGGGAAUUUUAAGUUAUUCCCUGUAAACUGAAUUAGAAAGUUUAUCAUUUUAUCUGUUAUAGGGCUUGUUUUAGUAAUUACGCGCUAAAACAAGAAGAGCGGAUGUGUCCAAUCAAGGAAACACAUCAACUUUAUUUCGAAAGUAAGUUAGUUGUGCAAAGAGGAACUCUUCUUGUGUAUUGGAGCACAUACAUCUGUCAGUGGUUCAGUAUUCAGUAGUGAAUGUAUGGUAAUAAUGUUUUUGAUUCCCCCUAAGUAAUAUCAAAUCAAAAUAUUAUUUUUGAUUCAGAGCUUUGGGUGUAUUUUAACUAUAAUAUGUUUUAAGGUCUUUUCUUAAAUCCUUGCAAAUGACUGAUACAGAUAAUUUUAUAUUUGUUGGACCCACAGUGCCUUUUGGGGAAAAAUCCUUUAUAUAGUUUUUUUUUUUUAAAUUUCAUUUCCUCAUUCUGUAUGUCUUCAAAUGAUAAACAUAAAAAUCGUAAGAGAAUGAAUAAUGUUUGCCUCAUAAAAUGCCUGAAAUGCACGAAGCCUGAUGCUCACCCUCCCUGUAGCUUGUUUAGCCUACCAAAGACUGCUCUCAGGCCACUGCAGUUUAGACACUUGACAGAACUGUUAAUGGAGUUUGAUGGUACCUAGACGAUUUCUUUGAAAUCUACUUUAAUAGACGAUAAGAGUUCAGUCCGUAAAAUUGAAAAAAGGCUUCUGUAGACCAGAUAAAUCAUUACAAUACAACAUUGGAUUAAAUCUAAUUAGGGGGCACUACUUUAAAUCUCAAGACCAAAAUGUUUGUUUGGGAUUAAGGAUUAGAAAUUUGGAAAAUCUUUCCCUAAAGUAGCAGAAAUCUUAAAGUUUAUGUGCUUUAGGUAGGUUAGUGAGCACGUGUGGGCAAUGAAACCCUUCUUAUCCAAAGCAAUCAGCAUCAUGAGUAUCUGAGUGCAGUGAUAUUAAGAUUACAUCUACAGCUGGACCAGAUUGCCGUCUCUGCCAGUGAAGCUCAGCACGAGCUGCCUGGGAGUAAAGGACUGGUCAUCACCAGAGUAGCUGUGCUGAUGACUAAAAGAAAGUUUUGGUGCAACUCAACAGCCUCAGCUGCCAGAUAUUCCCACAUUGUUUACGUUCCUUGUAUUGAAAAAAAAGCCUGUUUUAAUUCCUGUGAGUUUUAUAUUAUUAUUUCAGGACUAGUGCCAGGUCUAUUUUUUAACUUGGUCAAAAGCAGUGUAUGCUAUUUGAAAAAGUUUAUAUUUCGUAAUUAUUUGCUUUAUAAUGUGCAUGUAAAUG